GAAAUUCUUUUCUUUAUAAUUACUUUCUGUUUUGCACAUAAAGUACGUCAUCGUUUUGUGUUUACUGUACAAUGUUAUAAACAAGCUUAAAGAAAUUGAUAUAAAAAAUUCGUGGAUUGUGUUCGAUGCGCGAGAAUUUUCAGCUCUUUUUUACUCGUUAAAUCUCCCUUUUUAAAGUGAACUUUGAGUUUAUCAUUAAAUAUCAUUAAAUAUUUCUUUAAUUUUUAAAAACGGUAGGCUUCUAAAGCUCUGCGAUGUUUUCCUAACCUAAUCUAAGCCUCUAACCCUAACCUAAAAAUACUUUGGUAAACAUUCGACUUUACUGCACAUUAAUUGUCCGAUAAUCUUGUUUACAAGACUUGUGUAAAAAAAAACUCUUAAGUUGCUAGCAUUAUGAUAAAAUAUUAGAGAGGAAAACGAUUGAUUGUGCAUGUGUAUGUGUAAUAAACUAUGGAGAAAAUGAUAGAAUCGACUGACAAGAAAUUACUUUACAACACCGUGCUAUCACAAACAUUUUCACCCGAUGGAAAUUAUCUUCUGGCUGGCAAUAUUUAUGGGGAUAUCUCAAUAUUUGAUCUGUCAAAGGCCUUAGGGCCUAACAAGGAGAAUGAAUUACAAGGACCUAGUUAUCGCUUUGCUGCACAUCCCGAUCAGGAAGUCGCAUGUAUGCUUUCUGUGGAAAAUUUUCUUGUGACAGGAACACGUGGUGAAAUAUCGGGAUGGGAUUGGAAGAUAGUUACAUCGAAUAAGGCUCUUAAGAGUAAAGUAUCAUGGAAUAUACAAAUUCCUGCUAAUAAAGACAGUUAUGAGAAGCCAGACAUAAAUUACAUGCUGUAUUCAAAAAUGAAUAAUUUACUGUAUGUUGGCUGUGGUGAUAAUAAUAUUUAUGUCAUAAACUUAGAAAACAGGAAGAUUCUGAGAAGCAUGCAGGGCCAUACUGAUUACAUACACUGCCUUGCUAUGAUGGAUAAUCAGCUUGCAUCCUGUAGCGAGGAUGGUUCUGUGAGAUUAUGGGAUUUGCGCAAAAGAGAGAACACUAAUAUAUUAACGCCUCAUUUAAUAGAUAAAGUCGCUCGACCACGACUUGGAAAAUGGAUUGGUGCUGUUGAUUUCACGGAAGACUGGUUGCUGUGUGGCGGUGGGCCUAGUUUAUCAUUGUGGCACGUACGAACGAUGGAGGUAGCGACAAUUUUCGAUUUGGCUGAUCAAGGAAUCCAUGUAGCAGAGAUCUAUGAAGAACGCGUAAUCGCUGGGGGUACGACCGACCAUGUUCAUCAUAUGACAUAUCAAGGCGACAUUCUAGCCAAAGUUCCCACCUCGAGUCUCACAGUCUAUAGCGUAGUACAUCAAGAAAUACCACAUAAAGUGCUCAGUGUGGCUGGCUCUUCAAAUUGUAUUGAUAUUAGCACAAACUACAAUUACCGCGAAAUGAUGCUCAAGUUUGCGUAAUAAUUAUUAGGAAUUAUCGAAAUUCCGUGUUAAAUGGGAAUUUCAUUUUCCAAUAAGGAUUUUUCCAAAUAGUUUGGAUGA